CUUAUGUAAAAAUAUGUUUCCGGUACCCUCUCAUUGUUGGAACCCUGUCAAUUGGUCUAUCAUGCUUUUGGACCUUGUGUCUUGCCUAGACACGUGACAGGUGUCACUACAUGCGGUACCAUCCAGUACAAGUAGUCCCCCUCCCGCUCGACUUCCUCUCGGCUAUCGUCCUCACCUCAACCCAUUAUCGCCCCUCUUUGCUCCCUCUUUAUCAUGCCGAUCGACCUUCGCAUCAAAGAUUAUCCAGACAGGUCAAUUGCUCUCCUUACUGCUUCCCAUGCCCUAAUUUUGCGAAACUCACCCUCCUCCCCGGCUGUGCAAAUCUCUCGCAAUACAUCCUUUGCAUCUAUCCUAGAUCGCACUGACGAUCCCUCCACUGCUUCAGUUCCUAAAUGCAUAAUUGAAUUUCUGGAACUUGCCUCUCUUGACCUGGACGGAUACCGCCCUCUAUCGAGUCAGCCCUGCGUAGGCACUCUGGGUCUGAUUACUCUUAAUCUUGAUGUUUUCCUCUGUGUUGUUACCAACGCGCGGCAGGUCGCAUCAGUUCGCCCUGGGGAGGGCGUCUUCAGGAUACAUGCAGUUAAUUUUCGUAGGUCAUUCCUUCUCCUGCUUCCAGGCUUGCUCCUUUAACCAAUCAACUCCUCAAAUAGAUUGCCUCAACCGUGCCGAUUUUGACGACUUUCUUGACUCUGACGUCAACUCGUAUACCAUGGAUCCAGACAGUUGGGACCAAGGACGCAGUCAACAACCUGCAGGAGCAGAACAUCCAUGUUUAUCGUUGAGGAAGCUUUUAAGUGGUGGGACAUUUUACUACUCCCGAGAUUUUGACCUGACAAACAGGCUUCAAGAUAGGUCAGUUACAAUUAUUCCCACUACCGACUACAAACCAAUUUGGACAUUCCACAGCUUUCAUACUACCUUCGCGUUGAAAUCGAUUGCGCCGAUACUUGGCGGUAAUAGCCCACUCCUGGACGUGCCCUAUAUUGAGUCCCGUCGUCCUUGCCAAAUGUGCAACACUAACCGUUAUACCUAUCAACCCCAGAUCAAUUGACGCGGCCGAUUUCGAUGUUGACAGUUUUGACCCUUCGUUCUUAUGGAAUUCUUACAUGAUUCAUCCAUUACUCCGCUUCCGGUCCCACCUGUCUACUCAGGAGCGCACAGAAUUAGACGCUUCUCAUAUUCUCACGUGUACCAUUCGUGGCUUCGUAGAGUCCCUGACCAUUCCCCGCUCAUUGACUUCAACUGGGUCCAGAUCCCCCGGCUUAGCCACAACAUUGACACUUGUCAGCCGAUUAAGUUGCAAGAGGGCCGGCACACGGUUCAACUCUCGUGGGAUGGAUGACGACGGGCACGUCGCAAAUUUCGUCGAAACAGAGACUGUUAUUUGGGAUCCGUGCCACGAUUCUCAAAACAAUAGCUUGGGUUUCAGUUACUCCCAGAUCCGCGGUAGCAUACCAAGUACGUUCACUUAGCCCAAGUUUUUAACUUCGUCUUUAUUGUCCGCUAAAUUUCUGUUUGUGGAUUUAGUAUUCUGGGAGCAGCAGACCGGUUUGCUUCCAAACCAGCAAAAGAUACAAAUUACGAGAUCUCGCGAAGCUACUCAGCCGGCGUUUGACAAACAUUUUGAAUCAAUCUCACUAAAGUAUGGUGCAAUCCAUGUCGUCAAUCUGCUCUCCCAAACCAAGAACGGCGAGGCAGAAUUGUCCUCCCGCCUAAAGCAUCACAUCCAACACUCCCCUUUAACAACCCUCGGGUCUGAUGAGAAACGCGACGAGCUUGGCGACUCCUCACUUCUAGAGGUUACCGAAUACGAUUUUCACGCAGAGACUAAAGGACCUUCUGGCUAUGCGGCAGCCAGUAUGAUAAGCCGCAUUAUUAAACCUUCAGCAGAUGCCUUCGGGUUUUUCUUGAUGCAAAGUAGCAGCCACGGAUCCAAUCACGGAGCCAGUAGAAGAGGCCAAAAGGAAACAGAAUUUGCUGUGCUGCAGCAAGAGGGUGUCUUCAGGACAAACUGCCUUGAUUGCUUAGAUAGGACAAAUCUUGUUCAGGGAAUAUUAAGUAAAAUGGCAAUUGAAUCCUUUCUUGAGCAGACUGGUAAAAACUUUGGGCAUGAAUUCUGGAUUCGUCAUUCCACUUUAUGGGCCGAUAAUGGUGAUGUGAGAAUCAGUUUCCCAACUCAUGUCGUGACACUAACCCUCUAUGCCAGGCACUUUCCAAAAUUUAUGCCGGGACAGGUGCCCUAAAGUCGAGUUUUACUCGCACAGGAAAAAUGAGCCUCGCCGGCGCAUUCGCCGAUGCGCGGAAGAGCGCUGCUAGAAUUUACAUUAACAACUUUGUCGAUAAAGAAAAACAAAACACCAUCGAUGUUUUAUUGGUACAAGCCACUUCCUCCCAGCAAUAAAAUAAAACUACUUUGACGCUAUCCUCUCAAGACUAAUUCCAUCAAUAGGGCAGAUUGGUUGGCCAACAUUCUGUCUACCUGUAUGACCCUGUCAAUGAUUUUGUUACCGCGGAAUUGAGGAAACGGUAGGCCACUCCUGUGGGGCUCAUUUUUAUCGUUGGUCACGUCUUAAUGCACCCUGUGCCUUCACAGAGCACCGGAAUAUUCGCACGAAAAGGAUAUUCAUAUUUAUGUCGGCACAUUCAACCUUAAUGGCCAGACAUCCGGCAUAAAUGAUGACCUUUCCCAAUGGUUAUGUCCGCCGUUUUUGGAAAAUUCUCAGCUGCACCCCGAGCUGGUAGUUGUAGGGUUCCAGGAGAUUGUUCAAUUGAGUCCACAGCAAAUUAUGUCUACAGACCCCGCCCGAAGGCAACUGUGGGAGCAAGCCGUACUCAAGGCACUCAAUUCACAUUCUAGAGCUACUGAUGGUGAAGAAUACGUACUUCUUCGAGGGGGGCAGCUUGUUGGUGCAGCCCUACUGAUAUAUGUAAAGGCUAGUGCAAUUGGCGAAGUCAGGAAUGUUGAAGGGAGUUUGAAAAAGGUAGGCCAUAUUCACUUUAAGGGGUUUGUCGAGCUCCAGAGCUUCCUGACACUAUCCCCAUUAGACCGGUAUGUCGGGUGUCGCUGGAAACAAAGGAGCUGUCGCUAUCCGCAUGGAAUAUGCGAACACUCGACUAUGUUUCGUCACCGCACACCUUGCUGCUGGAUUUUCGAACUACGAAGAACGAAACCGAGACUACAGGACCAUCGCGCAUGGACUAAGGUUCCAGCGAGGUCGGACCAUAGACGAUCAUGAUGCGGUCAUAUGGCUUGGUGAUUUUAACUACAGGAUCGGACUCCCUGAUGAGAAGGUCCGGAAGUUGGUAGAACUCGGGGAUCUGCAGACUCUCUACGAUAGCGACCAGGUAGCACCUACAAGGCUAUACCCCUUUAUAUUUCAGACUGACAAGUUCAUACCGGUAGUUAAAUCUCCAAAUGAUUUCCGGACUUGCCUUUCCCUAUUUUGCAGAGGCAAGGUUGACUUUUGACCCCACUUACAAGUACGAUAUUGGAACGGACAGAUACGAUACCUCGUAAAUCCCCCGACAACCCACUCUAUGUUAGGUCUGAAUGGAUUUGGCUAACCUCACCCCCUAUAUCAGCGAGAAAGCUAGAAUACCAGCUUGGUGCGACCGAGUGCUUCGCAGAGGGAAGAACCUACGCCAGCUGUCGUACGGCGCCGCUCCUCUCCGCUUUUCAGACCACAGACCCGUUUACGCCACCUUUCAAUGCGUAGUCUCUGUGGUAGAUGAAGCCGCGAAAGAGAAGUUAAGCAAGGAAAUCUACACCAGGCGGCGUGCAGAAGUAGGCCACGUAACAGGCCCGGGGAAAGAGGAGUCAGGAGAUGAAGACCAUCUAUUAGACUUUGAGCCAAUCCAACCUGGCCGUAUGUGGCGCAAUUAAUUCCCUCUCCCCGUCGCUCCAACUAACAGCGCCAGUACCACCACCAAGCUCCAAUGGUCGAAAAUGGUGGCUAAACAACGGUAUCCCUCACCCUCCCUUCCCCCUACCCUUCAAGCCUCACUGACACCCAAACUAGGAAUGCCUGCAAGAUCAACAGUAAAGCCCCCAGGUCCCGACUACGCCCAAAACCCCCAACGCCCAGCAAAUCCGUUUGUAACCGCCACUGGAUCAGACUGGAUACACAAAUCCGAUCUCCCCGCACUCGCUGACUUUCGCCCGCCACCGCCGCCGCCACCGCAGUGGAAACAAGCACAAACCUCUCCCCACACCACGGGCAGCCCAACACCCCCAGUGCUAACCCCCGGCCCUACGAAAAGCGCCCCCAGGCAAUUGCCCCCACCAUUCAACUCCGCAGAUUUACCCCCUCUCCCUGCACGCUCAAAUACUUCCAAUAUAUCCAAGCCCCCACCCCCAACUCCUCCCCCCACCACCUCCCCUUCCACCAUGAACCCAUUCACAAGAACACCAUCGGAAACCUCCCCCCCCCACUCCGCAAAACUAGCAAAACCCCUACCACCAACCGUUCCCCGAAAGCCGGCAGUCUUGUCGAGAGAUGCGCAGAAGGUUGCGGCACCGGAUAUGCAGGUUUCCGGAAGUGAGAGACAGGCGCAUGGGCUACCCCAGCCGCCGCCGAAGCGUUUGAGUGCCUUGCCGGUAACCGAGAGGCCGGCACUACCACCCAGGGGCGGGUCUUUAGAAGUAGGCAAAGGGAAGGGGGAUGGGCUUAUGGACGAUGACGAGGGGGGAGAUAUUGAUUGGGUGCCGUUGAGGCCGGCCUGA